CCCUCGGUUCCCGCUUUUAGAACACCCCGCCGUUCCCUCCGCCUUCCCGGCCGUGUGGAGAGCGCCCUUGCAGGGGACAGAUUUCAGGUUUUUCCCGUUUUUAUCGAGCCAUGCUCCCCGGAGCGGCCGCGCAGCGAGCACCGCGUGCUUUCSGCGGGGAGGCCAUGGCGGGCAGCGCGGAACAAGCGGAGGAGAAAGGAAAUAAACGCAAAAAAACCGAGAAUGAAGCUUCAGAAAAUCCUCAGUUGCCUGACCAAACAGAUUUGGCUCCUUCUAAGGACUCGCAGUCGUUUUCCAACAGUGAACCACUGGAAAAGGUUUUAAAUGAGAUGAGCAAAGAAAUUAAUACCUUGUUAUCAAAAUAUGCUGACAUUAUAAGUGCAAGAGCAGCAUUAGAUUCUUCUUAUGUCCAGGARCUUGAUGGGAUCUUAAAAGAAGCCAGGGCUCUAGAAAACCACCUAAAGCARAAAAGGGAGAGCCUGAAGCAGAGAUUUGCUGUCAUUGCCAGUACUCUGCAAAGCUAAAAGGCGUUCCUUGCAGAAAUGCAGAGCCAAGGUUGUGUUUGUCUAUGAAAACAAACUGUUACAAGUGUUGCUAUGUCUGUUUUGUAUAUAAAUAUUUCUGUCAGUCUCUUAUAUAAAUAUUUCCGGCAGUUCAGGAAACUAUCAACAACUCCAGCAGCUACUGAGUGUUUAAAUACAUGGUGUAGUGGUAGUUAGUAAAAACAAUUCUGAAUAUCUGUUUGAAAUCCUGUGACUCAAGGGAUUUAGACAUUAAACUAUCUGGGUUUUACUGGUUAACCCAGUAAA